AAACAGAUUUUUCUUGGUGUGUAAGUCACAGCAAGUCCACAAAUGUGUGACCACAGCAGGUGAUACACCAGGAACUGAAGCUCCUCUCCAUCAACAGACCACACUUCCCCACCCCUCAUGACCCCUUCCAUUCCAUCCCCACCCAGCAGCUGUAUGGAUUUUAUAGAACUGGGAGACAUGGGCAGUGGCUGUGAAGAUGAGAACUGUGGCCUUUCAUCGGGCUCUCUCGAGGACUGCCCCAACCAAGAGUGCCAGUGGGAGGAACCGGAUUUUGGCUUGGUGGAGUUAGUUUGUGUGACUGUCAUAUAUAUCCCACUGAUGCUCCUCGGUCUUCUGGGAAACAUACUAACAAUUCUGGUGGUUUGGCUCCGCCCCCACAUGAGAAGCUCCACCUACCUCUACCUGAGCAGCAUGGCUGUCAGUGAUCUCUUGAUACUCCUGCUGCUGCCUCUGGAUCUGUAUAAGCUCUGGAGGCCCAGGCCAUGGCCAUUUGGAGACCUUGCCUGCAAGCUGACCAUGUUCAUGUCAGAGUGCUGCACCUUCUGCACAAUCCUCCACAUCACCUUCCUCUCCAUUGAGAGGUAUCUGGCCGUCUGCUGGCCAAUCACAGCCAAGACACUGGUGACACGCCGCAGAACCAGAGCUCUCAUUGGCUGCCUGUGGCUGGGUGCGGCCAUCAGUGCUGCGCCUGUAUUGGUCAUGGUUGGAGUGGAGGAAGUCAGGGCAGAGGAGCCAGUGCUUGGUGGAUGGCGGGAGGACAGAGGGUGGACAGGAAGAGAAGGAGAGCAGGGACGCUUUGUGACAAAUGGAAGGGAAAGAGGAAGUGGAGAAUUGUUAUCGAUGGAGGGAGGAGUAGAAGGAAGAAAGUGGGGAGAAAGUAUUGGUGAGUUGAAAUGGGUUGGAGAGACAGGAGAAAGAAAUGUGAGAACAGGAUUGAAGGAGGAGAGGAAACAAGGAGAUGAAGGAAAAACUAGGGAUGAGGGAGGUGGUAAAGAGGAGGAAGUCGAAGGGAAGCAGCAAAACAAUUUAGGAAAGGAGGAUAAAGGAGGAGGGGAAGAAAGUGUAGAUGGAGGCUGGGGUUUCCCUGACACCAGAGAGUGCCGCUGUACCGACUAUGCUGUUUCAUCCGGCCUGUUGUCGGCCAUGAUGAUUCUCUCCAACUUGUACUUCCUGGUGCCCUUCUGCAUCCUGGGAUUGGUCUACAGCCUGAUCGGACGAACACUAUGGCUCCGCCCAGAAAGUAGCCGAAGAGACCAGAGUCACCGGCACACUGUCAAAAUGCUGGGAGUGAUUGUCUUGGCCUUUGUCCUCUGCUGGCUACCAUUCCACGUAGGUCGGACCAUUUUCUCUCUUUCUCAGGCCACCAGUACUGAAGGAGAGGAAGCGUACAAUUUCUCAAAAGCACACUCAGAAAUAAGCAAUCCUUCAGAAAGCACAGACACACACUGGGCAGAUGCAGUAAAUGAGAUGCACACAAACACUGUAGUACAACAUGAAGACGUGAGCAGAGACCUCCACUUGAACGCUCAUGUAAUAACACACGCAGGGCAGAAACACAGAAACACUAGCAUGGGAAUACACCAUUUGGAUCCCAGCAUUAAAACAGGCACACAUACAACAGCACAAAACAAAACACACUCUAACACAACACUUGUUGAUAGACAGCUUGGCACAUUUGCAGACAAUUCAGAUAUAAACGAGAACAUAUACAACAGCACCUCUACAGAUAAUGACACACAGAGAAUUAUACCUUCACAUGCUAGUUUUCCCACCAGCACACAGCACCACAGGUCAAGCUCUUUAGAUGAACACACGCUCACUAAUAGUUCAUACAGGAUGCAAAUUUGCAUGGGCUCACAUACACCUCCUACCUCAGGCACCUCAAGCCCAUACCCUGUGACACCGACCCACCCUUACAGUAACACACCCUUCAACAUAACAUACACACAUCCUGACACAUAUUAUUUUUUAUACUAUCUGUCUCAGUAUUUCAACCUGGUGUCCUCUGUCCUCUUCUACCUUAGUGCUGCUGUCAACCCUUUACUGUACAAUCUGAUGUCUGCCCGUUACAGACACGCUGUCCACAGCCUCAUACACGCACACUCUCACACGCAGUCUCACAGACGGCGCACGCUCACAGGACAGCACUCCACCACCACUUUGUGAGGGGAAAUACUGAACGCACAAAUAGAAAAACGUACACAGAAGUCAGAACACUUUGCAUUUUGUUGUUAUUUUCGUUUGGACAUUAACACAUAUAUCAAAUAUGAGUAUCCUACAGGCUCUGUGGUUUUCUCUACAUUUCCUGUAUUCAAAGGCGGGGUCCUCACCACGCAUCUUUUCAUUUCGAAGGGUGUGUUAAUAGCUCAGAGCAGCCCAAAGCCGCUGUUAGCAUUGAUGUGCAGGCACAGAUUGAACACUUCUGCUGAAUACAGAGAAUAUGAAGCCCUCUUUUAUUACAGCUAGCCUGCAUUUCUCAGGAAAAUCAGACAGGAGCAUUGAUCUGUUUGUACUCAUAUUUACACAUUAAUCAAGAUAUUAUUCCUUUCACUGCAUCUUCAAUGUCUCUAUGUAAACCACAGACACAAUAGAAAACAAUUCCACACAGACACACUUAGGUACACAGCAUAGGGCUAUCAUUCAGAUGAAUGAGCUUCACUUUUUGACGCGUUUGGAGGUAGAAUAUAUUACAUUACGUGCUCUGAUGCGUCAGAUUGCCUUUAUUUGAUUCACAAUUUGGCUUUUAUCACCUCUGUGAGGGCGGUUAUGUUUCCUCUAUUGGUUUCUUCGUAUGUCAGCAGAAACACUUCGACGGGUCUCCUUUGGUGGACAGAUUCAGAAUUGAUGCGAUUGUGUUCAAUAUGCUGCCGAUUUCUGUCAUAUGAGAUCUUUUUUGGAAGUGUGUAAAAAGGAUGCCACUUUACAAACAAGUAUGGUACAUUUUCAAAAUUAAAAACAGAUCUUUAUAGGCUUUUAAAGUCAGAUUGUAUAACAUCAUGACACAAACUACCACUUUAGAUUUGUUUGUUUGUUUUUGUAAAUUGAAAUUGUUGCUCAUACUGAAAUUGAAUGUACGACUGUUAUCAAUGUACACCUUGCAAAAUGCAAUAAUCUUCCCUUGUUAUUUGAUGUGUUGCUUUACACAUGGUGCUUCCCCUUGGUUUAUAUUCAUACAGGUAUCUAUCGCAUCAUUUAAGAUGACCGUCUAGUUCAAUUUCUGGCUGUCUUUGUUUACGCUUUAUUUGCUAUGCCUUUAAAUAAAG